CUUUCUUUCUUCCCUCUUCCCCCGACAUCGCAGCUUCAAAGAGAGAGCUACCCUACCUCCAUCAACCCUUCCCAAUGGCUACCAGAACCCUCAGAAUCGGCCUCAUCCCCGGCGAUGGCAUCGGCAAAGAAGUCAUCCCCGCCGGCCGCCGCCUCCUCGAAGCCCUCCCAGCCAGCCUAGGCCUCAAAUUCGACUUCGUCGACCUCAAAGCCGGCUUCGAGACCUUCGAGCAGACCGGCACCGCACUCCCCGACAAGACCGUCGAAACCCUCAAGCACGAGUGCGACGGGGCUCUCUUCGGCGCCGUCCAAUCCCCCUCCACUGCCGUAAAGGGCUACUCCUCCCCCAUCGUCGCACUCCGCAAGCGCCUCGACCUCUAUGCGAACGUUCGACCUGUUAAGUCCGUCAUGACGGCCGCGAACCCUAUUGACAUGGUCAUCGUCCGCGAGAACACCGAGGACCUCUACGUCAAGGAGGAGCGCACCUUCACCGCCCCCGACGGCUCCCUCGUCGCCGAGGCAAUCAAGCGCAUCUCCCAGAAGGCCUCCCACCGCAUCGCCCUCAUCGCCGCUGAGAUCGCGCAGUCGCGCCAGCGCAUCCGUGACGCGGGCGCGCCAUCCAUCCACUCCGCCCCCCUCGUGACAAUCACCCACAAAUCCAACGUCCUCUCCCAGACUGACGGGCUCUUCCGCACCACCGCCCGUGAAGCCCUUGCCCUGCCGCAAUUCAAGGGUGUCGGCGUCGAGGAGCAGAUCGUGGAUUCGAUGGUCUACAAGCUCUUCCGCCAGCCCGAGACCUACGACGUCAUCGUCGCGCCGAACUUGUACGGUGACAUCCUCUCCGACGGCGCCGCGGCGCUGGUUGGUUCGCUCGGGCUUGUGCCGUCGGCGAAUGUGGGUGAGGGAUUCGCAAUUGGUGAGCCCUGCCAUGGAAGUGCGCCCGAUAUCGCGGGACAGGAUAUCGCGAACCCGAUUGCGACGUUGAGGUCUGUGGCGCUGAUGUUGGAGUUCUUGAAGGAGGAGACGGCUGCGGCGUUGAUUUAUAAGGCGGUUGAUGCGAACUUGACUGAGGGCAAGUAUUUGUCGCCUGAUCUUGGGGGAACGGCUAAGACGAGUGAGGUGGUGGCGGAUAUCCUGAGGAGAUUGUAGGUGUAGAUGGGAUGGGGGGGUCGUAUUAGGAUAUACCAGGUAGAUAAAAGCUGUGUAGCAAUAGCAACUAUUGUACUUGUGCUGAGUUUCUAUUUCGUAAAUCCCCGAGAUUGAAGUCUACAAUUCCCACGACUCAGUAGUCGUAUGUCUGUAUAACCAGAGCAAGUGCACCACCAACGCAUUCCUCUCAAGCAAACGUGAUAUCAUGCGUGCCUAGUAUAAACAUAGCAAUACAGCCAAUCUAUC